AUGGAAAGAGAAGGCGAUGACGACGGCAACGGCAGCAAAUUGGAUUCGGCCGAUGGAUCCAACAGUCCGAAUCCACCACAGUCUGCGGAGCUUAGCAGUCCACCAAAGGAAGCAGACAAGGCUCCAAAGACCGACUCACACGACUCACGCGACCUCCAACAACGCGACAGCGGGAUAUCUCCGAAAGACCCCAGCUCUAGUCCACCGCCUUCAGACGCUGCUCGACGUGUCAAGAUAUAUAAGCUCACUACCCAAGACUGGGUCGAUCAUGGCACUGGGUUUUGCACGGGAAUCUACGACUCAGACCACGACGAGGCGAUGCUUGUCGUUACCAACGAAGACAACCAAGAUCAGGUACUCCUCAAUCAUCAUAUAAGUCCCGCCGAUAUAUACUCGCGGCAGCAAGAUACUUUGAUAGUAUGGACAGAGUCUGAUGGCACUGACUGUGCUCUCUCUUUCCAGGAAGCUGAUGGCUGUCUCGAAAUGUGGGACUUCAUCUCCCAGGUCCAGCGACACGUUCAGAAGGCUGAUGAUUAUCCGUAUAUCAUCGAUUCACCCGUCCAGCGGAGACAAAAAUCGAGUCAAAAACUUAACCUGCCGCCGGAACGUCCAGACUUGGGAAAUUUGGAAGACGUGUGCUUCUGUAUAAAGGAGUGCCUUACUAGGACCAUCACCAACAUGCAUCAAAAAGAACGGUUCAUCACUUGGCUCAUUAACAAUAAUUACAUCGCUCAGCUUAUUUCAGUUUUCAAUCAAGCUGAGGACCUAGAAGCACUGAGCGAAUUGCACGUACUGUGCACUAUCUUCCAUCAGCUAUUAUCGGCAAAUGAUAGCGUUGUUUUUGAGUAUGUCCUUUCCGAUGAUAUAUUCUUGGGCAUGUGCGGUGUGUUGGAGUAUGACCCUGAGUAUCCUACUCUCAAAGCAUCGUAUCGACUCGAUCUCACUACGACAUCGCGAUACAAAGAAGUAGUGCAGAUCAAUGACCUAGGCUUGAAGUCUAAGAUACAUCAGACCUACCGUCUCCUAUACCUCAAAGACGUAAUUUUGGCGAGAACUCUAGACGACUCGACUUUCACUUUACUCAAUUCAUUCGUCUAUUAUAACCAGAUCGAUAUCAUAAAACAUAUCCAAAACGAUAAGGAUUUCCUCGAUAGGUUGUUUGGGAUCUUCAGCGAUUCAUCAAGUGAUACUGUCGAUCCGCCACCUACUUUACGUCAAGAUGCAGUCUUGUUCCUUAGGGAUUUAUGCACGAUGGGCAAAAACGUACAGAUACAGACAAGGCAGGAGCUUUAUAGGGCGUUAGUCAAUCGAAACUUAUUGAACGUUUGCAAAUGGUCAAUCAAGAGGAGUGAACCGAUCUUGCAUAAUACUGGGUCAGAAAUCCUAAUGAUCGUCAUUGACAAUGAGCCUAAUACUGUCAGACUUUAUAUUCUCAACGAAGCAAAUUCGACAAAGGAGAAAUCCAAGGAGAAUUACACACUAAUGCAGGAGAUGUGCUUUAGCUUGGAUAGCAGUAGAGAUCUAGGAUAUAGGAAUCAAAUAGCUGAGGCUAUCAGAUUGCUUCUCGAGCCGCCGCUAUCUGCGUCAGAAGCUGCGUGGACAGUCGCUAAACCUAAGGCUGAUCCUACGAGUGAUGAGUUCCUCAGCUAUUUCUAUGAUACAUGUAUCAAUGGACUCUUCAAGCCACUGCUCGAUAUUCCUGACAUAUCUCUACAUGAAGCACCUCCUCAACUUGACUUUGACAAAGCCACUCUAGCGCUUGCUCUCUGCGAUCUCCUGUCUUUCUUCGUCUUGAAUCAUCACUUCAGAGCACAAUACUUUAUCCUCCAAACGCCUAUCUCGGCUAAGAUAGUACAAUUACUGCGCGUCAAGCAGAAGUAUUUGAGGCUUGCCGCAUUGCGAUACCUCCGCGCUUGCGUCUCGCUCAAUAAUGAGUUUAUAGUGCGGUACAUCGAUAAGCAGGACAUAUUCAAACCAAUGCUCGAUGUUGCUCUAAGAGAGGGCCGUAAGGAUAACCUGAUCAGCGCUUCUAUUCUGGAUCUUUUUGAAACAAUUCGAAGAAUUAAUAACAGGACGAUGAUUAAUAGUCUAGUUGGAAAUCAUGAGGACGAUGUGAAGCAAUUGAUUAAAUACCCCCUACUGAGUGAAUUAUUCACUAAAUUGUACUACAGAUGGGAGCAGCUCAAUGAACCAGCCCAGCCAGAGGCGUCAACGAGCACCGUGAUUGAUAAUUCGGGCGGGUUCAUUCGUGAACGAAAAUCAAGUGAUGCAACAGCUGAGGAUGACUACUUUAAUAAGGAUGACGGUGAAGAUGAGGCUCGUAAUUAUAUAAACGACGAUCCUGGCGGAGGAGGAUUAGGGCCAGGGUCGGGUUCGCAUAAAGUAACGCAUCAAUCACUUAACAACACGCCGACUGCCACGUCGACAAGUCUUGUCGAUUACAUGGAUGAAGACGAGGAAGAGAAUACACGGCCUUUACCUGAAACACCUAAAAAAGAAGAGGAGGAAGAGGAGAAGCAGGAGCAGGGAGAGAAAGAAAAGCCAGCUGAGGAUCGACUUACACAAAUGGAAGUGAAGCUGUCGGAGAAGAGGCAGCGCGAAGAUGAUGAAGAUGACCAGGUUGCUCAGUUGAUGCAUAGUAAGAAACGACUCUCACCGAAUGAUUACGACAUUCUUGGAUCUGAAGACACCUUGUUGUUUAUGACCACCAACACGGAAUGUAUAAAUGCUUAUUCCGAGAUCUACAAAUAUCCCAAGAGGAGGCACUUAAAUCAAAACUCUCAUAGUGAAAAUAUCGACGCCACCACUCAAUCUCUCCCUUCGAAAUCACAGCCGUCGACUUCGACCCACGCCGCAACCGUAUCGGGAAUUUCAUCACCAUCCAACGGCACCAAACUUAAAGACAGAGUUUUGUCUAGGCUAGCUUGGUCAAAGAGGGAGGAUAUACCAUCACUGUUUGAUGAGCGUGCUUCCGUUAAGUUCGCAUUAGAUAGGUGCUAUGACUGGGAGGAGAGUAUUGCGAUAUACAAAGACAACCGCGUGGAAAUCUACGGUGAUCAUUCAAUGCCAUUCAGGAUGAGCAAAGAAGUCAAGUUGAGCGUCGAUUUACAAUCAAAUGGCACCAGCGUCAGCUUGUACUCCGCCACAGAUUUCUGUCUCUGUAUACGCACCUCACCGCCUAAACACCAUUUACCCAGACGAUACGCUGGUACUAAUCUUAUUUUCCUCAAAUUCAAGACUAUCAAGAUUGCCAAGACGUGGUUAUGGACAAUGUGGACAAUUAAGAAUUCAAACAAACUUCCAAAAGAAUUAGAUGUCAAGCUGCCAGCUCUUGGUUCCCACGUCAGGUUCCCAAUCGACUUUACUGAUCACAAUGAUGUCAAUAGCCACGCGAUAGUUGCAAGAUGUAGAAACAUACUUACUAGAAUGGACAUCAGAGGUGUCACUCCAGAAAAAUCUACACAAACAGGCUUCUCAUUAUGCUGGCGUAGAGGUAAGUUCGGUCUAGAGUGGUUGAGUAACCAAGCUACGUACGAAGAGAUUCUCGUUGGUUGUUGCAUGCUCCAAACUCAGGUAUUUCCAAAAUUGGAACUAAGAAGACGAGCAUUUGAAAAAGUUGGCAUUAAAUACGACGCCAACACCACACUAUACCCUCCUCAACCAGUUGAAGGCCAUCUCAGUAGAAUAACGCUGAUAUCACAAAAAAGAGUAAAGACAUACCUCAGUACACAUGAUUCUCUUAUUUUCGUGCUCAAAAAUACAACAGCGUCGCUGAAAGCAUCACAUGAUGAUGAGUUAGACAAGAUGCGUUGCUGUAGACAGAUCAGAGAGGCUGUUGGUUUCAUUGAUAUGGGACAUAUCGUAUCAAUUAGAAGGAUUUUUGAGAGUCCAAAACGUAAAGACGAAUACCCGAUCUAUAUCGACGACAAGCUCCACAACGGCGAUAAGGUCUGGGACAAGCAUGAGGAGGGUGACGAAGGAAGUGAAGAAGUGUUUGGAAAACUAUCUCAGAAUGAGAAGAACGAGCUACAUACAAGGAGGCAAUUUGGACUGGAGUUAGUCUCUGGUCACUUUGCCAAGUUUGAAGCACCCUCAGUUAAGCUUUGCUUAGAAUGGAUUGUAAGCUUAGGAGAGUUAUGCUCGUAUUGGAAUAAACGAACGAGAACAGACGCAAAUCUGUUGAUGGAAAUAUCGAAUUGCGGACUAGCUGCACCUCAUGCUGCAAACGCAAUCAAUCAACUAGUCGUACCGACGAAUAUACCCCAUAAUGAUGAUGACGGACCAGCUGUUGAAGAUCCAGAUGCCGGUGCACCGCUCCUAUCACAGCUUUGGAACUGGAGUGUACUUGAGAACAUCAAACCUAUAGUGAAAAUCGGAAAAUGCUUUAUGAGGAAGUCUUUUAGAGGAUCUUGGAGUGAAUACAUACUUAUUCUUACUGCUGAUGGAAUGCUACAUAGAUGGCAGAUAGCCCCACUCAAUCCAUCGAAAAGUAAGAAAGCCAAUGAGAUACUUAAUAGAAAAAAGUCUUCAAUAAGUCUUUAUCACGCAUUCGUAUUAACAUCAGAUGAUUUGAUACUCGUUAAUUCCAGCGACGAGAUACAGACACCAACAAAAGGGCUGCGAAUGUCAUCAAGGAGAGCAGCUAAAGCUCCUGAUAGACUGUAUGACGAUGGACUUAUCGCAUGUGAAUCUGAACCCUCAGACCUGGCAUUCAUGCUGUGGUGCAGACCUAAGUCGAAGAAGGCUAUUGAUUGCUUGGAUAAGGACGCGGAUAAAUUCGAAGUUAGAACUAGAUCAAGGUUGGAGAGGGAUCACUGGUGCUGGUGUUUGGAAUCAAUUAUUGAUAGAAUCUCAGAAGAAAACAAUGAUGUUUUUAGAAACGUUUCUGGGAUUUCCUAA